UUUCUUAUCUGUGAUUCUCGGCAAUCUUGUACAGUUUUGGCGAGAUUUGUGCUUUUCAGAGUUAAUUUGUUUGCAGCAGCCUUUUAACCGGGGAUUCGUAAGACUCAUUAAAAGGUUUCUGUUCCCUUUGGUUAUUGUUUGUCUUAUUGGAAAAGGGUUUGGGUCAGAACACAACCUGACUCAGAAUGGAAGGAGGUGGUUGAAAGUCCUUGAAGGAAGACACAGGGUUGAGUAGGGUGGUUUAGUAGAUUAGGGUUUUGAUGAAUUUCCUUUUCAGAGUCCAAGAUGUGCGAUGAGAUCGGCCAUGAAGACUGAGCAACCCACCCUGGAAAUCUUUGAGACGGCCGAGGGCAAGGAAAAUGUGGCGGCCAUCAAGGAGAUGGCCAAGCUGGAGCCGUAUUACGUGGAGAGAUAUUCGUGGGAUCACCUGAAGAAGCUCUUGGCAGAUACUAGGAAAUACCACAGCUGCCUGAUGGCCAAGACGCCCCACAACUUCACAUUUGUGAAGAGAAAUGAUCCGGAAUGUUCUAAUUCAGACCGGAUAUACUAUCUGGCCAUGUCUGGUGAAAACAGGGAAAACACCCUUUUUUAUUCCGAAAUCCCCAAAACUGUAAACAAGGCUGCCAUUCUCUUGCUGUCUUGGAAGCCUCUUAUAGACCUCUUUCAGGCCAGCCUGGAUUAUGGGAUGUACUCACGAGAGGAGGAGCUGCUGCGGGAGAGGAAACGCAUCGGCACCUUUGGGAUCGCCUCCUACGAUUAUCACCGGGAAAGUGGCACCUUUUUAUUCCAAGCCGGCAGCGGGAUCUACCAUGUCAAAGAUGGCGGCCCAAAUGGGUUUACGCAACAGCCUUUGCAGCCCAAUCUGGUUGAGACCAGUUGCCCGAAUAUUCGGAUGGAUCCAAAGAUCUGCCCUGCAGACCCCAACUGGAUUGCUUUUAUUCAUAGCAACGACAUCUGGAUCUCCAAUCUGGCAACCAAAGAAGAGCAGAGGUUAACCUUUGUACAUAAAGAACAUGCCAACGUUGAAGAGGACCCCAAGUCGGCUGGCAUCGCUACCUUUGUGCUACAGGAGGAGUUUGACAGAUACACGGGCUACUGGUGGUGCCCAGCAGCCGAGCCAACUGUUGGCGGAGGGAAAAUCCUUCGAAUUCUGUAUGAAGAAAACGACGAGUCGGAGGUGGAAGUUAUUCAUGUCACGUCCCCCAUGUUGGAAACCAGGAGGACGGAUUCUUUUCGGUAUCCCAAGGCAGGCACUGCAAAUCCCAAAGUCACUUUCAAGUUAUCUGAAAUAACCCUUGGUUCUGAUGGCAGAAUUUUGGGUGCUGUUGACAAAGAACUGGUCCAACCCUUUGAAAUCUUAUUCGAUGGCGUAGAAUAUAUCGCCAGAGCAGGAUGGACACGAGAGGGAAAAUACGCCUGGGCCAUCCUGCUCGAUCGCUCUCAAACCCGGCUGCAGAUUGCUUUCCUUCCCCCAGCCUUAUUUAUCCCUGUGGAAGACGACGCCAUGGAGAGACAGAAACUAAUCGAUGCUGUGCCUGACUCCAUUACCCCCUUGGUCGUUUACGAAGAAACCACAGACAUCUGGAUAAACAUCCACGACAUCUUCCACGUUUUCCCCCAAACUCAGGAGGAUGUGGUAGAAUUCAUCUUCGCCUCCGAGUGCAAAACGGGAUUCCGACACCUGUACAGAAUCUCCACCGUUUUGAAAGAGAGCAAUUACAAGCGAUCUUCGGGCGGACUCCCAGCCCCAAGUGACUUCUUAUGUCAUGUCAAAGAAGAGCUGCCUAUCACCAGUGGAGAAUGGGAAGUGCUUGGCCGACACGGCUCAGAGAUCCGGGUGGAUGAAGUUAACAAACUGGUAUAUUUUGAAGGUACAAAGGAUUCUCCCUUGGAACACCACUUGUACGUUGUUAGCUACGAAAACCCUGGAGAAAUUCAGCGGCUCACCGAAAGUGGCUUCUCCCAUGCUUGCUAUGUUAGUCAGGACUGCGACAUGGUUAUAUGUAAAUUCAGUAACCAGAAAUGCCCCCACCAAGUCUCCCUCUACAAGCUGACUGGUCUGGAAGAAGGGAUUGCUCAAAGGGCCAAGGAAUUCUGGGCCACCAUUUUGCAUUCGUCAGGAUCUCUCCCCGAUUACGUCCCACCGGAGAUCUUCUCUUUUGAGAGCUCCUCGGGGUUUGUGCUCUAUGGGAUGGUGUACAAGCCCCAUGAUUUACAACCUGGGAAGAAAUACCCCACGGUGCUUUUCAUCUACGGGGGGCCACAGGGACAAAUUGAAAUCAGUGACCAAGUGGAGGGCUUACAGUAUUUGGCUUCCCAAUAUGAGUUCAUUGAUUUAGACCGCGUUGGCAUUCAUGGUUGGUCCUAUGGUGGAUUUCUUUCACUGAUGGCCUUGCUUCAGAAGCCGGAGACCUUCAAGGUUGCAGUUGCAGGUGCUCCAGUCACAUUGUGGCUUUUCUACGACACGGGUUACACCGAGCGUUACAUGGGACACCCAGACAACAACGAACGGGCCUAUUAUUUGGGCUCCGUAGCUAUGCAGGCAGAGAAAUUCCCUUCACAGCCCAACCGAUUAUUGCUACUACAUGGAUUCCUGGAUGAAAAUGUUCAUUUUGCACAUACUAGUAUUUUGCUGAGCUUCCUGGUCAGGGCUGGAAAACCCUACGACCUCCAGAUUUAUCCGCAGGAGAGGCACAGUAUCCGGGUCCCUGAAUCCGGAGAACACUACGAACUCCACCUCUUGUACUACCUCCAGGAGAAUCUGGGGUCGCGCAUGGCCACGCUGAAGGCAAUGCCCUGAUGGUGGGCCCUGAUGACGUCUCAGCACGAUGCGCCCACAGCUGCUUACCCAAAUGCGAGUGCUUGAAUGGUGCCUUCCUUCCUGGGGCCUGCUUCUAACCGAGAGAGGAAUCAAUUCGCUGCCCAGCUGGAUUUGGUGAUCAUCCGUCUUUUUCAGCAACCCACCCAUCCACCCCGGUGCCAUACAGGAGAUUGCUGUACAGCAAAUGAAUAAUUUUAAAUGUAAAUAAUAAAAUGAAUUGUUGUACGG